AGUGCGCCAGGCUCAUGUCACGUGUCAGUGUGUCAUGGCGGCGUCCAGUGGAAGCACGGUGGUGACCCCCGGGGUCGGGACUCCGUCUGCUCACGGGGACGGCACGCUGCAGUACAGUCUGAUAUUGGAGCACCUGGUUGGGGAGAAGAAGAGGCCGAAGGAUGUGAUUCCUGGGGGGCUCGGGGGGAUCCCUACACCCCUAAAAUCCGAGGAGCAGAAGAUGAUGGAGCGGGUGAUGGAGAGCUGUGGCUUCAAGGCGGCCCUGGCCUGUGUGGGGGGUUUUGUCCUAGGUGGAGCCUUCGGGGUUUUUACUGCUGGAAUUGAUACCAAUGUCGGCUUUGAUCCUAAGGAUCCAUUCCGCACUCCGACUGCAAAAGAAGUGCUAAAGGAUAUGGGCCAGAGAGGAAUGUCCUACGCCAAAAACUUUGCCAUUGUUGGUGCCAUGUUCUCCUGUACAGAGUGUUUAGUGGAAUCAUAUAGAGGAAAGUCAGAUUGGAAGAACAGUGUAGCCAGCGGAUGUAUUACAGGGGGCGCGAUUGGGUUCAGAGCUGGUCUCAAAGCUGGAGUUAUCGGCUGUGGAGGAUUCGCUGCCUUUUCUGCCGUCAUAGACUAUUACCUGCGGUAGAAGCUCUCUGCAGCCAGGUGGCGCUAUGUCACCACGGACAUCAUUAUCUUAUGGCGCAGGGGAUCCAGGACGUCUGCGCUUCUCUGAUAAACUCUUCUGAUUUUCUACUUAAAGGGAUACUACUGCCCUAAGACAUCUUAUCCCCUAUCCAAAGGAUCGGGGAUAAGAUGUCUGAUCUUGGGG